AUGGAAGAUCCACCUGAAAAUGUGGACAAAACAAUACUUGAUCGUAUUCAAGGUUCAAUGGUGGGCAUGGCUUUGGGUGAUGCUCUCGGUGCACCUGUUGAAUUCAGACCCCCUGAGUAUUUUUUCAUAAAUCCAGUAGCAGACCUUCAAGGAGGCGGCACUUGGCGUCUCAACAAAGGACAGUUCACUGACGAUACUUCAAUGGCUCUUUGUCUAGCAAGUUCAUUGAUAGCUCGUCGUGGCUUUGUUCCUUACGACCAGUUGGUUCGUUAUAAAUGGUGGUACAACAAUGGUUAUAUGUCAUCAAUUGGAAAAUGUUUUGAUAUAGGCAUGGCUACUUGUGAUUCCUUGCUUGAAUUUCAACGACGUCAGAGAAAUUUUGCCGAAAAAUAUAAGAUUCCUUUGGAACAAUUGGAUUUUCUCUCUGACUUUGACCUUCUGGAAAAAUUUAAUGUAUAUUGUAGCGAGAAUGGCGUAGCUGGUAAUGGAGCGCUUAUGCGCCUAGCACCGGUACCUCUUUUCUUUUAUCGACAACCGAUAGCAGCUGUUGAAUUUUCGGGCUACAGUGGUCAAAUCACCCAUGGUGAUCAAAAGGCUUAUGAUGCGUGUCGAUAUUAUGGAGCUCUUAUCGUAGCUACUCUUCAAGAUGAAUCGAAAGACAAUUUAUUAAGUGAGAAAUUUUACCAAACCCACAUAUCAUGGUUCGGUAAUCAACGGCUUCACAAAGACAUUCAAAUGAUUUCUGAAGGAUCUUUCAAGAGAAGUGGUGGCUUAAUGGAUGGAAUUCGAGGACAAGGCUAUAUUGUGAAUGCUCUUGAAGCUGCUCUAUGGGCAUUUUGGUCAGAUGAAAAUUCGUUCGAAAAAGGUGCACUCUCUGCUGUUAAUCUAGGCGAUGAUACGGACACAACGGCUGCUAUCUAUGGUCAGUUAGCUGGUGCUUACUAUACCUACAAGAAUUUGCCUAAAAAAUGGCUUGAUCAUGCUUAUGCAAGAAACUUCAUCCAAUGUUUGAGCAAAUGGAUUACAUAUGAAGGAAGCAAAUGGAAUUCAGAACAUGUAUCAAGCGCGACUAAAAAAGAAACAAAAUAG